AUGCCACCAAUCACUCGACAUCAACUAAAAAAAACCGGUUUGAAAACUGAACCUUAUUCCAAAGAGAACCGUCCAUUAGAUAGAAGAGCUGCUUUGUUAGAUCUUGUAUCAAAUAAUGUAACUGGUGUUAAAACAAGUUCUCAAACGACUAAACCAUUAGAAGUUGUCAAAAAUGAUGAUUCUACUAAGACAGAAAAUACAUGUAAGAUUACCCAACAAAAAAAAGAUAUUUCUCAACCUAUUGUUAUUAAAAAACCAGAGACCCGAUCAAGUGCAAAAGAAGCUGCACGUUUAUCUUUAAAUAGUUCAGAUGAUAGUAAUUUAUACAAAUCAACUCUUGAAGAAACAGCAGUUUCGAGACAUUCUGCAAAAUCUGAUGAACUAUAUACAACUGCUGUUGAUAGCACACACCGUUCCUCUCUUGAAAACAACCAAUCAGAUUUGUACCACUCUGCUGCACAAGAAUUGAGUGUCAUCAGUAAUGCAGAAGAAAUAUUUGAAAUAGAUCAGGCCAGUUGGAAUAAUUUCAUGUAUGUGGGUUGUUAUGCAAGAGAUAUUAUAAAAUACCUUAAACAAAGAGAAGAUAACUUUACUGUUACUGAUUAUAUUAGUAAUCAACCUGAAUUAACUGCAAAACAUCGAGCAAUUGUUGUUAACUGGUUAGUGAGCUUACAAGAAAUGUAUGGAUUAAAUCACGAAGUAUUGUAUAUGGCUGUCAAACUAAUUGAUUUGUAUUUAAUGAAAAAUGAAACGUUACAAAAUAAAUUUCAACUUUUAGCCUCUGGAGCAUUAUUGUUAGCUACUAAAAUUGAUGAGAGAGGGGAGCCUGGUUUCCCUUACGACCUAGUCAAACAUAGCAAGUAUAUUUAUACAGAAGAUGAAUUGUUUGUUACCGAAAAAGAAUUAUUUAGAGCUUUAAAGUAUGAAAUCAAUGUUCCUCUGUCUUAUGUAUUUUUAAGGCGCUAUGCCCGUUGCAUGAAAUGCCAAAUGAUUUUAUUAACAUUAGCAAGAUAUAUAUUGGAAUGCAGUUUGUUAGAUUAUAAAUUUGUGACUUUAAAAGAUUCACAGAAAGCCGCAGCAUCUUUAUAUUUGGCAUUUAAAAUGUGUAAUAAAGUGAUAGAAACAAAAGAAUUUUUCAAAUAUACAGAUUAUCGAGUAACAGAAAUUAAAGAAACAGUAAUUGAAUUAAACAACAUGUUGCAUACUCAAAGUUCAAAUCUGUCUGCUGUUAAACAAAAAUAUUCGCAUGAGACUUUUUUCAAAGUUGCUAAUAAGUCAUUAUUAAGCAAUUCCAAACUUACUUUUGACUAAACCAGGAAUAUUCAGCGUAUUUGGAAAUAAAAUGCAUUUUUGUUUAGUGAUCUACUGAUAUUAUCAUUGGUUUUUUUUACUUUAUUCUUCUAAUAAGGUUUUUUUAGACGGGUUCACUUAUUCAACAAAUUACACAUAUUAUAUAAAACAUACAAUGUAUAUUAUCCAUUUAAAAAUGUUUUGUAGUUAAUCACUUUAGUAAUUACUUAAACAUUGAAAAAUAUCGUUAAUUUAUAUUUAUAAUUUAGUGUCUUAAAAUUUUAGAACGUAUAUUGAAUAUGUACUUCUAUAUUAUACGUAUUACAUUUUUUUCUUUUGUAUCAGACUGUUGUGCUGAUUAAUAAUAAAUGUUUUAUUUUUAUCAUAUUGAUAAUGUUAGAGGCUGAUGUUAACGAAAUUAACUAUAAUUUGUAUUGCCUUCCAUCCCACUCCAAAGUUUUAGAAAAUAAUAAGAAAAUUCUAUGUAAUGUUUAAUGAUAGGUUUUUAGUAUGUAUUUUUUUUUUCAAUGUAUUGUAAAGAACUAUAUUUUAUAAAACUGGUUGUAUUAAAUUGAAUUCUUUUUUUCAAUGUUAUAUUUUUGGGUAUUAUCUAACUUAUCUUGUAUGUUGUUAAACUUAAUUUUAAUAAUAAAAAAUGCAGACAGUUAUAUUAGUUUCAAUUUAUUUUAGUUAUAUGUAAUUUGGGAGUGGAUUUUUAUUAAAACAAUUAAUAUUUAUUAGAAUGAUAUUUAAAUCUAAUAAGAAAUGUGCAAAAUUUAAAUCAAUCUUGUUAAAAUUAUACCAAAUUUAUUUUAUGUAUUUUUAACAUUUUUAGUUUUUUUUUUGCAUAAUAGAUAUUUAAAAGUUUAUAUUUUUUUGUUUUCACAUUGCUCUGUUUUCCUGCUAUAAAAAUGAUGUCAACCUCACAGGGUAAUGUGUACUAUACUAUUAAGUAGGCUACAGCAAGGGUCUUCAACUCGUGGUCUUUAAGUGAAUUAUGAGUAUAUUUAAA